AUGAGGGGCUGGAGAAGAGAGCAGACCGAUGAGCUAUAUCAGAGGGACGGGGGGGAGGUGCAGAUCAAGUGGAGGUUCUUCCAGCACCGCCGAGGGCUGAGUUUUGUCUCUGCUGGAGGAGAGGAAAUUCCUACGCUGCCCUCGCAGCAGACAGCCCAGCCUCCAGCUCCACGGACCACCUCCCUCCCCGUCUGCCCGACUGUGUGCCAGAGUGCGGCGGGAAGAGAAAUCCGAUCCCGUGUCUCGCUGGAGAAAGGGGGUGUAAAGCUAUCAGGCGCAGUUAAAUUGAAAACUCUUGUGGACGUACAACAGCGGAGCUCUGGUUUUGAACAUGAGAAAGAUCUGACCAGGAGCGCCAGUUUAUCCGAGAAGGAGCUGAAGGAGGCUCGUGUCAGAAGUCAUAUCAUUGCUGCUCAGCUCAACGUGCCCUCCAACUCCAGCUCCAGAGGCGUGCAGCUCUUCAACCGGCGCAAACAAAGGGUUAGCGCCUUUACGCUUGAAAGCAGUGGAGAGGGCUCAGGGAGAGACGGAGCUGAGAAUGCCGGCUCAUCUAACAAACUAACAUGGGCAGAGAGGAGCACUGAGGAAAAGGAUCAAGACUUGAACUUUAAGAAUAGUGCUAUCAAGCCACUGUUGUCACUGCCUGGGAGGGUACAUUCAGUAGGUGAUAUCAUGGAGGAUCGAGGUAAGGAUUUUCACAAGAGUGACGAGGUGGAGGAUAUUGUUAUCCAAGAGAGACAUUUCCUCCCUGUUAAGGAGGAGCAGGAGGAAGAGGAAGUGGAAAAGGAUCAACUCCGUGAGGACAAAUUUAAGGAUGAUAUUCCACCUGGAAGUAAUAAUACUGAUCCAGUGCUGAUGGGACAUGAUGAAGAGGAAGCAGACACACACGGGGGCCACAGAGAGUCAGCUCCUCCGGGAAAGCUUCAUAACGGCUGCCAGAGCACCUCUGGAAUGGUGGAGAGGGUUUCUGUGCCCACAUGCAAACAGACGAGCACCAUCAUCAAUCGAACUGCCAGGCCCUUUUUCUCACCGUUGACGGUGCAGUCUCCAGAGGCGGUCAACCCUGUCAUGGAAAUCCCCCCUCCUCCUUCCUAUGCCACCCCUCCACUCCCGGCUUCCUCUGCCCCUCAACCAUUGGCGUUGUCACCUCCACCACCGCCUCCGUCAUAUCCCACACCUCCCCUACCGACCUUUGCAAACCCAUCUCAGCAGACCCACCACUCCAGUCCGUCUCCAAUGUCUCCCGUUAUGUCUCCCUCUUUCGAACCACCACCGCAGUUGCCGGUGUCUUCUGUGUCUCAGUACCCACCAAUGCCCCAUUAUGGGCCUCCAACAGCCCCAAAGUCCUCCACAUUUGUUCCUCAGCCUAGUGGAGAGAGGAAAUUAAUGACACACAUAAAAACAGGAAUACUUGAGGAGAGUGCUGUGCGAAGGGGAAGUAGGAAGUCGAUGUUCACAUUCAAAGAGAAGACAGUCUUAACUCCAAACCCUGAGCUGCUCUCUCUGGUGCAAGGGAUGGAUGAAAGGAAGAAACAUGGACAUAGAUCUGUGCCUGAGCCAGCAUCCGAAGAAGAGUUGCUGGCGCUGGGGGCUGAGGCCUCCAACUUCCUCGCCAAGGAAGAGGACAGGGUCGAUGAGACAAGAGCUCCCGAGUGGGCUUCCUGCCUCAAGACCUCCAAGACCCAUCCAAGGGCUGAGCACAGGCCGGAGCAGAACCUCAGCAAUGUGUCAGGAAAGGGGGCUGAGCUGUUUGUCAAGCGUCAGUCCAGGAUGGAGAAAUACGUUGUUGAGAAGCAAAAUGGAGGACAUAUAAGGUCUCCUUCUCCCACAAUGUCUCUGCCACCGUCUUGGGUAUACCCGUCAAACAUGCCCGGUAGGGUAAAGGCCAUUGCGAAAAACUCAGAAAUGAGUGCUCAACUUUCACAAAACCUAAAGACCCAACAAGAAGUCAAGCAAAAGUCCAGACAAAAAGUUCCAGCACCUGAGCCAAUUCCAGAGUCCCCUCCUUUGGAAAAUGGUUGCUCCAAAUUAGAGAUGGAACUGUCGAAGCACCGGCCCUACCAGCUCUCCUCCUCCCUCUUCAUCCUCAACCCAGUCAAGGACCCCGUUAGUACCCUACCCAGAGGAGCACCACAUUCGAAGAACCAGAUAUCUACCCGGCCUUUCUCUAGAACGGCUUCAUUACCUAAUAACCCUCCUUGUCACUCCACUACCCAGUGCAUGUCUCCACAGCUGCCUCUCAGCCCCACAAGGGGAAGAGGAGAAUCCCGACAGGAACCAGCAUAUGGGGAUCCGAGGAUGAGCUCUCCCGUGGCAGCCUUUUCUCCAGAGCGAGUGUCCUCUCCUCGGUCAGGAAUCCAGGCACCAAGGCCCACGUUUUCUGCCAAGAAGGCUGGGAUUGCACCACAGACUAAAGACACAUUGCCAGUUGAAUCGCCCAGUGAGACUUCCACGAAGACCAGGACCACCAGCCUCACCAGACGUUUCAGCAGCCCUGAGGGUCCUGCCAUUGGGACCUGGACUCCCAGCCUCCAAACAAAUCGGCCCUCCACCAACAUCUUUAGCCGCCCAGUUAGUGCCCCUGUAUCCUCUCCCGGGGGUACAAGAUGCCAAUCCCCUAUGGCCAGUCGGAAUAUCCAGUUAUCCAAGGUCACCUCCACUACAACAACCAAGCCCUCUCAAUCAUUCACAGCCACCUCCCCACGCUCUCCUCCUUGGGGUUCAGGGUGCCAGUCCCUGAUGGCGAGCCAGAAUACCCAGUCCUCCAGCAUCUCCUCCAAUCCUGGUCUCAGACCAUCCGAAACGUCUCCGACUACUUCCUGUCUUUCUCCUUCUUGGGGUUCCAGAAGCCAGUCCCCAAUGGUGAACCAGCAUUCCAAGUUCUCCACUUUCGCCUCAAUGUCUACAUCCAGACCUUCCCAACCACCUACAGCCACAUCCCCACUAUCUCCUCCUUGGGGAUCCAGAUGCCAGUCCCCAAUGGUAAGCCAAGAUAGCCAGUCUUCCAUUGUUUCCUUUGUUCCGUCUUCCAGGUCCACCCAAAUAUCUACCUGUACAACUCCUGUCUCUCCCCCUUGGGGCUCACGUUCCCAGUCUCCUGCACUCUCUCAGACCAGUCUAUCCUUCCAGGCCACUAAACCUUUGUACAGAUCCUCGGCCACCUCACCGAUUUCCCCGCCCAAAGACACUCGCUGCAUGUCCCCCAUUGUCAAUAAUCCGGACUCUAAAGCCAACCACCGCCUCCUGGCUAAGAACAUCAUCAAUGCAGCCAAACGUAAAAACAGCCCCUCCCCUGGAGCACUGAGCGGUCACAGCCUCCCGAUCUCACCUUUGGGAAAUUCCCAUCAUGGCUAUGACUGUCACAAACCACCCAUCAGCCCUUUCCAGUCGCGGGCAUUUGGUGCCCAGUCUCCAACAUUCACUAGCCCCCCUCCAACGCCGACGCAGAGGAUCUGCUCCCCUGUGAGGCUCUACAACACUCGGUCCCUCACCGACUCGGAUGCCUCCGUUGAGUCGGAAGACUCGGGCCUCCGAUCGCCUGGCUUGCACUCCUACAACACCUGUCCCCGAGGCUGGGGCAGUAGCCUGAGGGUGAAGAGAAGCACCAUCUCCACUGACCUGUGAGGGUGUCCCAGGAGGGCAAAUCAAAGCACGAUUUCAGUUUUCUUUUGACUUUAGGGGCUUUGGAUCAACCAGUAACAAAAUUGUUUCUGAUGGCAUUUAAUCCGUAUAAAGAUAUCUUCCUAUAACUUUGUAAAAGGACCCUGGGACUGACAAGAUGAGGUUUUACAUACGACAGUUACUGGGGUGUGUACUCUCUCCUAAUACCAACAGUCUUAACAUACAGUUACCAAAGAUAUUUGAAUUCACUUCAGUUCACAUUAUACUCCCUACACAAGAAACAUAUACACUGUUCACCACAGUUUUUAAUGUAAUCAAUGAAUACUAAUCGUGUUUUUUGGUCUGAAGCAAGUCAAAAUGGGAAAAGACUUUAAAAGUAGGCUAUAGAAGAGACAUAUUGAAAGAGUAUUGUGUGAAUCUAUAGCUCAUUGGACUGUACAGUACUUAGUUUUAAGGCAUUAGUAAAGGAUAACAUUUAACCAUGUAGUAAAUAAUGCGUUUAGACUUAGACUGGGUAAAAUGAGUUUUCAUUUUUCCAUAACAAAAGCACGGUUGUAAAUGGGACACAUGCUAUUCACACUCACAUGAGUCACAAGUUUCAACAACUUUUUUUAUCCAUUUCAAGCAAUUGGAAAUAAAUAAUGCAUUAUUAUAGUGCAUUAUGAUAUCCGUGUAUCAAAACAAUAAGCACUGUUCGUCAUGUAUGUUAUAUGUUGCUUUAUGUACUGCAUUUGCUAAAAAGAAUGUAAACUGUACAGACAGAUUGGCAGAGAAUAUCGAGGGCAUGAGGAGGAGAUGAAAAGUGGAGGUUUGAUGAGACAUUGAUGCACCUGUUCAUUCAAACACUGUUUCCAUGAUUAAGGAGAUAUCAAAGGUUUUAUUGCUAACCUAAUAAACAUUGCUGACGACCAACUCAACAUUAGCUGUCAACCUGCAAAUGUAAUGGCAUAGUGAUUGUAAUAUUCAUAUUGGACAUUGAUGUUUGUCCAUUUUCUGCUUUUGCGGACCACCUGUAAUGUUUUUCAUGAGAGACAAACUAAUAUUUUUGAGCCUUUACGUAUGAUACAAAGGAUAUUGGUUGCAUGGGGUUCAAGAGCAAAUGUGUAUGUCGGAGAAGGUACAAAAAGUUGUAAAACAAAAGGUUAAAAGAAUGUUUGUUUUGACAUUAUUCUAAGGGUUCGUGAGAAAAAAAUAAGAGCAAUGGAUUGUAUUUUAAAUACAUACUUAUCUCUUUUAAAUAUAUUCUCUUUGACGUCUGAAAUGUAUUUUUGUACUUAAUUUGCACUUAUGUUCAUUCCAUUUUAAUGGCUGGAUUGGCAUUGUUUCAAACUUGAUUUGCUCAAACGUAUCAUUCAAAAAUAAAACAAGCAAAAAUAUAACAAUGAGAACAUUCAUACGCAAUUAAAUAUGUUUACAUGAUAGUGCCGAUUAUAGCUUGAAAACCAACUGCUAACUUCAAACCACAUCUGGCUUUCUUUUCACACAAUUUACAUCUUACCGGGUCCUGAAACAGCAAACACAAGAGACCAUUCCUUCCAUUGCAGACAUGAAGGUCAAAAGCCUGUGCACAUUUCUAAAUAUUUACUUCUGUGUGUCUUUUGAGUGACAGGGACAUCUGCUACACAUGACCUGGCUCCUUCAGCAGGAUUAGGUUUAUUGCUGUCAUGGAUUGGUUUCAACCUGGGCUGACUUUAACGCGCUAAACACCGCUGACAUCCCCAAACACCAAAAAAUAAUCAUUGUAUUUUGUAAGAUGGGGUGAUUGUCAAGUGUUUUUUUUGACACAGCAUGUUUUUCUCUCAUUUUUCUCUUAAAACUGUAUGAUUUCCAAUCAACUCAUAAUAAAAAGUGAGAGGUGUGUUUUUCGCGUUGUACUUACA